GCGCAGCUGCAGCAGGCGGCGGCGCAGCAGGCGCGGCGAGCCGCGGACGAGGCGCCGCCGCCGCCACAGCAGCAGCAGCAGCAGCAGCAGCAGCAGCAGCAGCAGCAGCAGCAGCAGCAGCAGCAGCAGCAGGGGAAAGAACGUGAGGCAGGGUGCAACGAAGCCGACUUCCCGUCAGGAGACGCGCCGGGCCCCUCCCUGCCGCCCGCCUGCGCCCAACCCGGGCUGAUCCCUGUUGAUCCGCCCCUGGCGCAGCAGCCGUAG